ACUGCCUUCCAUUGCACUUCUCCACAGCGGACCGACCAGGCCCCUCCAGCCGCUCCUCGGUGGCCCCGCGCCGGGCUCUUUCCCCCCUCGGACCCGCCAGGUGUGACGGCGGUGGCGGCGGCUCCAGCGGACGCGGCGGCCCCGGACGCGACCCCCCGUGCGUCUGCGUGCGUGUGGAUGCAGCUGGAUUUAGCUCCGCGGGAAAAGCCCAGGACGUGAUGAAACCCUAAACAAAGUGCGACACACUCUCACGCAGACGGACACACACAUCUCGUGAACGGGCCCGCGGUGCGUUGCGGUGCGGUGCGUUGCGGUGCGGCUCCACGCGUCCCGGCUGUGCGCGGCGGCUCCGGGCGGAUCGGAUCGGCUUUAUCGCCUGCGGGAGGUGACGCGCUGUUCGCAGCAGCCCCUGCGCUGUCAGACGAGGAAGUGAGGCUUCAUACACGCCCAUCUGAGCCUGUCGACCCCGCUCCCAGAGCCCGGACCCGCUCAUCAGACCUCCGCCGGACUCCCCUCAACAUGCGGCCGCUGUCGGAUGCACCACAGCGGGACUGAGCUGCAGGACGACCCCGAAUCCAGGAGAGUGCUAACGUGUUGAAGGAUGGAGCGGGAGCUGGUUCGGCAGAGCCAAUCAGAACUCAGAGAGGCCUCCAAUGGGCCCACCCCUCAGCCUUCCACUUCCACGCCGGACCCGUCCACACCGACAACCCCGACCCCUCCACGCCUCACCCCCAACCCCAUGCUCCUGGACUCCCCUGCCCCCACUCUGACCCCCACCACCUCCUCCCCUCCUCCUCCCCUCACCCCUGCUCCUUCUCUGUCGUCGUCCCACGGCCCAAAGGCGGCGGCGGCGGCAACGGCGGCUCCUCCCUCCCCGCACCUGCUUGUUCCAGCCCCACCGAAGCUGACCUCCACGGCGACCCCUGCCCUCCGCACGUACUCCCGCCCCAUCCUCCCCUCCCCGAGCUCCAAAACUCAAACCUCCUCCUCCUCCUCUUCUUCUUCUCCUGUUGGCACCACUUUGCCCCUCCCCUCCUCCUCAUCCGCCUCUUCUUCUUCUGCGACACACAGCAACGUCACUAUGACAACCAAGACCUCCACCACUCUGACCAACGGGAGCACGAGACCUGUUUCCACGGCAACCUCCACACCCAUCACCCCCUUUCACACCCCAGCCAGUCCACCUGGCAGACAGGUGUCUCAGUCUCAUCCUGCGGGCACACCUGGCCUUGUACGAGCCAAUCAGAGCCCCUCCCCCGUCAGGCAGAGGGUAUCCCAGCAGACCCUGCUCCUGGGGAAAGGUCUCAAAGGGUCUGGGCAGGACCAGGUGCUGCUUCGAGCCCAGAUGCUGAUUCUUACGUCUGCUAUGCGACCUCCUCCGUCCUCCUCUUCCUCCUCCUCCUCCUCUUCCUCUCCUCCUUCCUCUAACCCCGCCUCCGCUCAGCUCCAGAGUCUCACCCUGAGACCUCCUCCCCCCGGGGCCCUCACCAUCCCCCCCUCCCUCCGCCUCAAACCUCCCUCCUCGGCCCCGCCUCCCCUCUCUCGCCCUCACGCCGCCCUCUUCCCCCCUCUCAGGCCGCGACCACCACCCAGCACCACAGCAACGGAGAGCCCCACCACGCCCAGCCGCCAUCUCUCCGUCCCACCCCCAACCCUCUACUCUCCAGUCCGAGCCGUCCCUCUGAGACCCAGACUUCAUUCUCCAAACGGCCACAGAGUGGCAUCCCCGAGGCAAAGCUCCGCCCUCCAGGGGAUCACCCCCGCCCCCUCAAGUCAGGCCCCGCCCACUGGCCGGCCCCUAACUGGACUCAAGACUUGUCCGUUAUCUCAGUCCAUGCUCGGGUCCGGCCAAUCCCAGCAUAGCCCGUUACCGGCGACCAACCCCUUAUCGGUCGCCUCCCAUUUUGAGCGCUCGCCAUCGGCGGCGCGGCAGCUGCAGAUCAUCGCCCUGUCGUCUGGACGCCAAACAGGAACGUAUGCCCAGACCUCGGUCCCGCCCCCAGCGGAGCCACCUGACGCGUCCGGCCAAUCAAAGAGGACUUUAAGCAAUGACGAAGCGCUUCCUCUGAACCCCCCAUUGCCAAAAACGUCCUCCCCACUGCCCUCGCCACCGACGCUCCUGAGCCCGGCGUCACCCCCGAGUCAGCCCACACCUCAAACGCAAACGCCGAUCCCAAAAGGAGACGCAAAGGAGGGUGAGGAGCAGCGAGACCAGGGGCGAGCAGUGAGACAAGGAACCAGAGACGACGGCGGUAAAGAUCUGAGGCCGGAGAAAGAUGACCAAAGACAGAAGGAGAAAGAGGAGAAAGUCCAGAAGGAGGGAGGAGACGCCGCCAGGAGCAGAGGAGAAGAAGAAGAAGAAGAAAUGGAGGUGACAGAGGAAGGCACAAAAGAAGGGAAGAAGAUGGAGCAGGUGGAGGAGGAGGCGGAUGGAGACGCCGUCAUGGACCAGUGUUGUGAGACCAGUCCAGAGCUCCAACAGUACCAGAACCCCAACCCUGACCCAGUAAAAGACCCUGGUACAGAGUCCAAACCCAACCUGGGUCACAUUCCAGUUCCAGUACAAACCCCAGUCCAGGUCCCAGUAACGGCUCCGGUACCGGUUCCGGUUCAGGUCCAGGUCUCGGUGCAGGUCCAGGUUCCGGUCCAGGAAUCGGCUCCUCAGAGGCUGACCGAGCUCCAUCCAGGGACUCAGGAGGACUUCUGUGAGAACAUGUCCAUCCAGUCCGACAACCAGUCAGCUCUGUCCAGUCUGUCCUCUCAGUCCCCCCCCUCCUCACCCUUCAUCACCCCCCCAUCAGAAAACCCCGCCCCCCUCCUGGCCCCUCCCGCUGACCACCCGACCGACCUCAGCCUCCCGCAGCACGAACCGGAGAAAGUCGACAAGGCGGAGUCACACGGCGAGUUGCAGCCGCCACCGCCGGAGCCCGAGGCUGAACCGGAGCCUCCCGGCCAAUCGGACGAGGAGUCGGAGAGCUUCAGCCAAUCGCUGAGUGGCCCCUGGGAGCCGAGGGCGUGGCCAGAGGGGCAGCAGGUUCUGACUCACCUGGUGGAGGGAUUUGUGAUUCAGGAGGGACUCCAACCGUUUCCUGUGAACCGCUCGUCGCUGCUGGUCCCAGAUCAGGUGACCAAACCGCAGGAAGUGAACGGGACCAAUGGGAAAGCGCCGCCACCCGUGACCGACGCCACGAAACCGACGGAGCACUCCACAGAUUCAGACGAAGAGGAGGGCGGAGACACAGACGACGCCAGUGCCAGGUCGGCUCACAGAGACCGAACCGUUCUGCACUGCCAGUUCUGUGGGAAACGAGGCCACGCCCACAACUUCAUGCGGUCCAAACGCUUCUGCUCCACUUCCUGUGCACGCGGGUUCAACGUUCGCCUGACGAAGCGUCUCCGGGCUCUGAGCGCAGGCAGUCGGUCCGAGAGGCCCCGCCCUCCGCUCAACAGGGCGGAGUCAGUCCCAGGGAAACCUCUGCUGCUGCGGCUGCCUCGUGACCUCUGGAGCGCCGGGCGGCGGGAGAAGGAGGGGAAGGAGAAGGAGGUGGCGGCAGAGGAGGAGGAAGAGGAAGAGGAGGACAUGGAGGGAGGAGGUGAGGAGGAAGAUGACGACGAGGCAGGGGAGGAGGAUCCCGCAGUCGCCAUGACAGCGAGGAUGGAGUGUCGGGUGGCGCACAGAGCGAGGAGGGCGUCGGCGCCGGCGGUGACCACGUCCACGCCCACCACCACCUUUAAACCCGCCCCCUCCCUGUGGAGCGUGGAGGACGUGACGGCGUUCAUCCACACGUUACCAGGCUGCGGCGACGUGGCCGAGGCAUUCCGGCUGCAGGAGAUUGACGGCCAGGCUCUGCUGCUGCUGACGGAGGACCACCUGAUGACCAGCAUGAACAUCAAACUGGGGCCAGCGUUGAAGAUCUGCGCCCACAUCAACGCCCUCAAGAACCAGUGACGCCACAAGUUUUUACACACCGCAAACGGGCAAUAAACACAGAAAUGACACCACGCACACCGUGGGCGGAGCUUCGGGAGGUCCUGAACAGAGGCGUGGCCUUAGGGAGGAGCCUGACAACACCUGAGUCCAGAGGACAUUUCAUCUGGUUUUUGUAACUUUGUGUAUAUUUUACAAGCCGUUGGAGAGUGUACAUUUGAAGCUAUUUCAUGAAGGAUUUUGAACAUUUAAUAUAUAAAUUUGUCUAUUUAGUUUUUUUAGAAUGUGACGUCAACGACAAAUCUAUCCCGUAGCGAACAUAACCGGUGUGUGUAAAAGAAAAUAAUACCAAUACGUAGACUUUGUAAGUGAUUAAUGAAAGUUUAAUGUUUUAUAUCACUAUAUUCGGGGCAAAACAUGUCUGUGGAUUAAAAAAAAGUCACUAUCAGGGUAGAGACUGGUGUCUUUCAUGGUCACAUUUUUAUGGUAUCCUGCUUGAAAUUAUUUAAUAAAUGAAUAAUUAAUCCAAA